AUGCCGGUGACACAGUUUGCGCAGAUAAAGCCAGGACUACCAGUCUCAAUUGUUCUCAAAGCAGACCAGCGAACAGGCAGACAAGUCCAGGGCACGGUCUCCCAACUUCUCACCCGCCACAAUCAUCCACGAGGCAUCAAAGUGAAGCUGACAGACGGCCGAGUCGGGCGUGUCCAGCAGAUUCUACCUCAGACACAUUCGCACCACGACAUGUCGUCUAAUAACCCGUGGUCGAACACCGAGAGCAACGGCAACCCUUACACCUCUCCUACGUCCCAGCAAAAUCAAGGUGCCGCUCAAGGGUACUACCAAUCCGACGCCUCACAAUAUCAGUCACAGUCGCAUGGCCAUCAACAGCCGCAGCAGCCACAGCAGCACUCGAUCAACACAUCUGCUCCCUCGCAAGGCAUUCACCGAUCCGAUACUGAACAGCUGCUGGCCGAGCAAGGCGAUCGCGCGGCGCAAGUCGAGCACAUGCAGCAGUACGAGGCGAACGCUCCGCAAUCAGAAGAUGAUCGCAUUCAAGCACAGUUGCAGAAAGAGUUUCCCAAUAUCGACAGCAGUUUGAUCGCUGCCAUCUACGGCGAGAGAAAGGGACAGGGUGAUCUGGGGGAGGUAAGGGAGUUAUUACAAGAGUUGAAUACGAGUUGA